AUGCCCCAAGUUGAAUCUGCGGUAUAUUCUCACGGACAUCAUGCCUCUGUCAUCCGAAACCACAGCCAACGCACUGCAAAGAACAGUAUGGCCUUCCUGCUACCGCACCUCAAACCCUCCAUGAAGAUCCUCGACCUUGGAUGCGGACCUGGCAGUAUAACCACCGACCUGGCCGAGUACGUACCUGAGGGACACGUGGUCGGCCUCGAUCGAGCGGUCAUCCUCGAUCAAGCAAGAGAAUUAGCGUCCAGUCGCGGCGUGACGAAUAUAGAAUUUAUCGACGGGGAUGCGAAUGAGCUUCCUUUCGAAAGUGGGACGUUCGAUGUAUGCUGUUGUCAUCAAUUAUUACAACAUGUUGGAAAUCCCAUCCUUGUUUUGGAGGAGAUGAGACGAGUGGUCAAGCCUGGCGGGAUCAUUGCAGCGAGGGAGGCUGAUUAUUCGGUUUUCUCUUGGUAUCCUGAGUCGAGGGGAUUGAGUGAGUGGCAGGAGUUGUAUGAUCGGGUUGCUCGGCAUAACGGUGGAGAGCCCAACGCAGGAAAAUUCCUGCAUGUUUGGGCCAGGAAGGCUGGUCUUUCAGAGAUUCAGUGUUCCGUGUCAAACUGGUGCUUUUCGACUGAUGAAGAGACGCGGUGGUGGUCCGAUUCUUGGAAGGAUAGGGCGUUGCACUCUUCGUUUGCGACGACCGCGUUGGAGGGGGGCCUGGCAAAAAUGGAGGAUCUGGAACGGGUUUCGGAGGCUUGGAAGCAGUGGGGGGGAGGACCAGGAUGCUUGGUUGUCGAUCCCUAG